AAAUUAUUGCUUUCUUUCUCUGGCACACGCAGUUCCACUGAUCACGGAAAAAUUUGCCUUUGGUGUGGAAAAAAUUCAAAUUUCUUUAAAAAAAGAAAGAAAUUUCCCUUACACGUGAAACAACUUUAAACGUGAUUAAAUCGUUUCAUCAAUUCUCUCCCAAGAAAAAGUGAUCUAAUAAAAUGUCUUCAGCUAAGAAACGCGAUGCCCAACGCAAAAAGGAUGCACGCAACAAGAAAAUUGUACAAACAUCUUCUUCGAACAAAGGAAUAUCAAAGGCAAAUGGAACCAACGGAACUGUCGAAUUGACCGAAGAGGAGUUGCUAUGUGCAAAGCUUGAAGAGGAGGCAAGAAUUAGUGCCGAAGCCAGAUCAUGUACUGGUUCAUUGGCCGUCCAUCCAAGGUCAAGGGAUGUGAAAAUCGCAAACUUUUCCAUUACCUUCUUUGGAUCGGAACUUUUGCAAGACACUAUGUUGGAGUUGAAUUGUGGACGGCGGUACGGUCUGAUUGGUUUGAACGGAUGCGGAAAAUCAUCGCUUUUGGCUGUGCUUGGUAAUCGGGAAGUACCAAUUCCUGAACACAUUGAUAUCUUUCAUUUGACACGUGAAAUCCCAGCUAGUUCUAAGAGUGCGCUUCAAUGUGUGAUGGAAGUUGACGAGGAAAGAAUUAAGUUGGAAAAGUUGGCCGAAGAGCUGGCCUCAAGUGAAGAGGAUGACGCACAAGACCAACUUAUCGACAUCUAUGAGCGUUUAGAUGACAUGUCAGCUGAUUGUGCAGAGGCCAAAGCUGCUCGUAUCCUUCACGGUUUGGGUUUCACAAAAGACAUGCAAAACAAGCAAGCCAAAGACUUUUCCGGAGGAUGGCGCAUGCGAAUUGCUUUAGCAAGAGCUCUAUUUGUGAAACCUCAUUUGCUAUUGCUGGAUGAGCCUACAAACCAUUUGGAUUUGGAAGCGUGUGUGUGGCUUGAGCAGGAACUCAAGGAAUACAAACGUAUAUUGGUAUUGAUAUCACAUUCACAAGAUUUCCUUAAUGGAGUCUGUACGAACAUCGUUCAUUUGACAAAGAAACGUCUAAAGUAUUAUACUGGUAACUAUGAGGCUUUCGUUAGGACAAGAAUGGAAUUGUUGGAGAACCAAAUGAAACAAUACAAUUGGGAACAAGAUCAAAUCUCUCACAUGAAGAACUACAUCGCUCGGUUUGGUCACGGUUCGGCAAAAUUAGCUCGUCAAGCACAAUCCAAGGAAAAGACAUUGGCUAAGAUGGUCGCACAAGGUUUAACUGAAAAGGUCACAGAUGACAAAAUUUUGAAUUUCUACUUUCCAUCUUGUGGCACAGUACCACCACCAGUUAUUAUGGUUCAGAACGUUUGUUUUAGAUAUAGUGAAACAACUCCAUGGAUUUAUAAGAACCUAGAAUUCGGUAUUGAUUUAGACACAAGAUUGGCCCUGGUCGGUCCUAAUGGUGCUGGUAAGAGUACACUACUCAAGCUUUUAUAUGGUGAUUUAGUGCCCUCAUCGGGAAUGAUCCGUAAGAAUUCCCAUCUUCGCAUUGCCCGUUACCAUCAGCAUUUGCACGAGCUGUUGGAUUUGGAUCUUAGCCCCCUAGAAUACAUGAUGAAGGCCUUCCCCGCUGUUAAAGAAAAAGAAGAAAUGCGAAAGAUCAUCGGUCGUUAUGGCUUGACCGGUCGCCAGCAGGUUUGCCCAAUAAGACAGUUAUCAGACGGUCAGCGAUGCAGAGUAGUGUUUGCUUGGUUGGCGUGGCAAGUGCCUCAUUUGCUAUUGCUUGACGAACCCACCAAUCACUUGGAUAUGGAAACCAUCGAUGCGUUAGCUGACGCCAUCAAUGACUUUGAUGGUGGAAUGGUGUUAGUUAGUCACGAUUUCCGUCUUAUUAAUCAGGUUGCUGAAGAAAUUUGGGUGUGCGAAAAUGAAACAGUUACCAAAUGGAAUGGUGGUAUUUUGGAUUAUAAGGAUCAUUUAAAAAAUAAUAUUACAAAAGAUAAAGAUGCCGCAUCGAAGAAGAAGUAAUUCGAUAAACUUAAUAUUCAAACAAAACAAAACACUAUAUUUUUACAAAACAUCGGCUUAUUAAAAAUUGCUGAUUGUGAUUCUUAAUUAAAAUUACCUUACCUACCACACACUUACCGAUUAAACAAACCGAUAUUAGCAGUAAAAGGAACCUUCAUCUCAAACAAAUAAUUAUUGCUUGAUCUGUUGUUGUAACUAAUGAAAUAACAGGAAAUUAUUUUAUUUAUUAUUUUGAAGUUGAAUACAAUAAAUUUACCGAUAGACAAUUUA